CCCCCGGGGCAAGGAAGGGGCCGGGGGCGGCGGCGGGGGGGUCCCGGGGCGGAGCGCCGGGAGCGGGAGGAAAUUCCUCCGGCACAUCCGUUGGGCUGGCGGGGGGGCGGCCACCCCCGGCCCCCCCCUCCCCCGGCCCGGCCCCGGGAAUGGCGAUGCCGGGAGGGGGGCGACCCCCGUGUCCCCGCGGUGCCGCCCCCAUCUCGUCCUCGGGAUGGGAACUGGGGGGGCCCCGACCCUCUCCGGGACCUCCCCCUCCCCAUCCCCGAUGCGUCCCGGGGGGGGGGGGACACGGGGCUUGUCCCCCCCCUCUCCCCGCGUCCCUUUCGCAUCAGGGCGCGGGGCGCUGCGAUGUCCCCCCCUCCACCAGCAUCUCCCCGGUGGGAGCCGUGGGGUGGAGGACGGCGGGAAGGCCGCCCUGUCCCGGAGGCUGCAGCCGGGUGACGAGCUGGUGAACAUCAGCGGGACCCCCCUGUACGGGUCCCGCCAGGAAGCCCUCAUCCUCAUCAAGGGCUCCUACCGCACCCUCAAGAUGAUCGUCCGCAGGAGCGUGCCCGUUCUCCGGCCCCAUUCCUGGCACGUGGCCAAGCUCGCCGAAAUCCGCCCCGACGCCCCGGCCAUGCACUGCCCCCCCGACACCUUCAGCCUCUCCUGGCCCUCAGGCUGUGAUGUCAGCAGCGAGCUGUCCCUGCAGUGGAACCCGCUGUCCCGGCACUGCAGCACGGACCGCAGCAGCUCCAUCGGGAGCAUGGAAAGCUUGGAUCAGCCUGGGCAGGCGUACUACGAAGGCACCCCCUCGCCCGUCGAGCACCACAGCAAGCGGGACUCGGCCUACAGCUCCUUCUCCGCCAGCUCCAACACCUCCGACUGCGCCCUCUCCCUCCGCCCCGAGGAAAACGCCGGCCCCGAGGGGCCCUGCAAGCCCCCCGAGGGGCGCUACCUGCAGACGGGCGCCGAGGGGACGGAGCCUCGCCACCCCGCGCGCCACCCCGUGCCCCCCCAGCCCCCCGUGCGCAGGGACAGCCUGCGGGCAUCCCCGGCUGGUAGCGGGGCGGACCGGCGCCGGGCAUCGGUGCCCACCUCCUCCUUGCACGCCCAGGGGAGGUGGAUUUCCGACACUUUCCUGUGCCAGCGGGACAAGGACGCUGAGGCGACGAGCGGGAGGAUGCCGGCGGCGUGCCCCCCCAAGGAGCACCUCUCUGCCGACCAGUAUUACAUGCUGAGCUCCCACCCCGACCGCUGCCUGGGGGACGCCGGGGACCGGCCCUACCCGGAAAACACGAUGCAGCGGGGAGCGGACGCGGGGAUGGAGGUGGCGGGCGACACCGCGCUGCUGUCCCCCCUCCAAGGCCACCGGCACAGCGCGCCCGAGCAGCUCCUGGCCUCCCAGCUCCGGGCUCUCCAAGUGAGCGCCGGCAGCGGGCGAGCGUCCCCGGCGUCCCCCGCGCCCGAGGGGCACCGCUGGACCACGUCCCCGCUGCACGCCGAGCACCGCGGGCAGGGCGGGCUGAGCCCGGCGCCCAGCACGGAGGGGCUGGCGGAGGAGAGCCGGGCGGGGGGCCGGCGCGCCGGGGGCCCCCCGAAUCGCUCGUCUCACUUUCGGCGCCGCAGCGAGCGCUUCGCCACCAACCUGCGCAACGAGAUCCAGCGGCGCAAGGCGCAGCUGCAGAAGAGCCGAGGACCCGGCGCCCAAGCCCGGGGCGAGGAGCCAGUGGAGGAGGCGGAGGAGCCAGCCGAGGGCUCUCCGAGCCCCGCGCCCAGCGAGGACGGCAGGAGCUGCUCGGGGGAGUCGCUGCCGGUCCCCGAAGCCGAGCGGGUGGCGCCGAGCCGAGGCCGCUGGCGCUGGUCCCCGGAACGCAAGCUGCAGCCGCAGCGCUCGCCCAGUCCCCGCGAGCACAAGGGCGGCGAGGAAGCCGUCCUCCUGCCCUUCGCCGACCGGCGCCGUUUCUUCGAGGAAAGCAGCCGCCCUGCGCCCACCCGGCACGGCAAGCCCCAAAAACCGCCCGAGCCUGACUCUUUCCAAGCUGCCGAGCACCGCGACGCUCGCCGCGUCUCCGGACCCUACAGCGAGUGCUGCCGGGAGCAGCCGCCCUACUACAAGGUGCUACCGAGGCACGGCGAGCUGGAAUAUCUGCGGGGCUGCUCCUAUCCCUACGGCGGCCCCGGUUUGCACGAACCUUGCCACUACUGCGCUGGAGAAAUGUGCCCGGCGCUGCUGCCCCGCGGCCAUGCCUACCGCUGCCACCCCUGGGCGCGCUGCCCCGACUGCUGCUGCCCGGCCCCGCGCCCGCCGCGGGAGGAGAGCGACAGCUGGGCGCCCCGAAAAGCCUUCGUGCCGGAAUUCGCUCCGGAGGAGUGGGAGCCGCCGGCGAUCAGCAGGAAGGCCAGCAGCCAGCCCAUGGGCGAGCUCUCCCACUACAAGCCGGGCUUCCCGAGGCUCGGCCCCUUCCGUCCGUGCUUCGAGAGCGCCGAGCCCGAGUGGCCGCCCUGCUACCGCACCGCGUCCACGCACGACCUCUCGUGGGACUCCGAGCGGCCGCCUCGCUCCCCCGAGCUCCCCCCGGAGCCCCUGCACCGCCCGCUGCGGGGCCGAGCCUUCUCCGAGAGCCACCUCAACCUGGAGCCCGCCAGCCCCCGGGGCCGCAGGGACCUUCUGCGGGCCAAAGCGGAGCCGCCGGGUUUGCCCAAAAAAAAGGGGCCCCCGCCUCCCCGCCCGCCCCCCCCCAACUGGGAGCAGUACCGGUUGCGCCGGGCGUCGCAGCACCCCAAGGAGGGCUCAGGACCCGGCAUGGCCACGGUGCCGUCCCGCAGCAUCGCCGAAGUCGUGCGGCAGCGCUCCCGCAGCCUCGCCGCCGAGCCCCCCGGCCGCCCCCGCGGGACCCCGGAGCCAGAGGCCGAGGUUUGCAGGAGCAGGGAAGAGCACCCGAUGGCGAAGGACCCCUGGGAGCAGGAGGAGCCCCCCCAAAGGCUCGCCCGCAGCCGGGAGCGGGGCUGGUCCAGCGAGUGCCCCCUGCGCGUCCCCAGCCCCGCGGCCACCCAGGGGGGGCCCUGUCCCCGCAGCCCCGAGGGGGCGAGCACCCGGGGGGGGCGCCCCCAGCCCCGCCGCAUGAAUUCGGAGGAGCUGCUGUGGGACGUGGCGGGCAGGGACCGCUCCUUGGCCGGCAUCUUGGUGACCCCCCCGGUCACCACCGCCACCGUCAUGGGCGAGCUGCUGGCGGCGGGGGACCGGCAGGCGUGGAGGGAGCGGGUCCAGCAGGAUUGGCACCCGGAGCCGCAGGACAGGCAGGGCUUCGAGCCCAUCUCGCCGCCCCCCGGGGCCACCGGCAGCCCCCCCUCCUACGCGGCGUAUUACGGCAAAGCCGAGCUGCUCGGCAAGAUGAAGGAGCUGCCGGAGGUGGCGGAGGGGAGCUCGGAGGAGGAGGAGGAGGAGGAGGAGGUGGAUCGCGAGCUGGUGGAGAAGAAGCUGCAGCUGGUGGAGAGCCUGAGCCGCAAGCUGGCGGUGCUGCGGGAGGCGCAGCGGGGGCUGCAGGAGGACAUCAGCGCCAACGGGGCGCUGGGCGAGGAGGUGGCCGCCCAGCUGCAGGCCCUCUGCACGCCGGGAGAAUUCGACAAGUACCGGCUCUUCGUGGGCGACCUGGACAAGGUGGUCAACCUGCUGCUGUCCCUCUCCGGCCGCCUGGCUCGGGUGGAGAACGCGCUGAGCGGGCUGGGGCCCCACGCCGCCGCCGAGGACGAGCUGGCCCUGCGGGAGAAGCAGCGGCUGCUGGCGGCGCAGCUGGAGGACGCCAAGGAGCUGCGGGAGCACGUGGGGCGGCGCGAGGAGGCGGUGGGGGCCAUGGUGGCGCGCUACCUGCCCCCCGAGCAGCUGCAGGACUACCGGCACUUCGUCAAGAUGAAGUCGGCGCUCACGGCCGAGCAGCGCGAGCUGGAGGAGAAGAUCAAGCUGGGCCAGGAGCAGCUGCGCUGCCUGCGCGAGAGCCUUGGCCAGGCACCCACAGGGCACUAGCCUGCCCCUCCCAGGCCGCCCAGCGUCGGCCUUUUGGUUUUUUUUUCUUGUUCUUUUUUCUUUUUUAAUUUAUUUUGCAGGUCUAUCGAAGCAGGGGGGUGCCCGCGGGUGGCGCCCCUCUCUGCCCGUGCCACCACGUGCCUUAGAACCCACGGAUGCCGCAGUGCCUAAAGGGUUAAACCCUCCGCACGCACCCCCCCCUUCCCCAACGCCCCAUCCGUCUGUCCGUGUCCGUGUCCGUCUGUCCAGAGGCAGAGGAAUGCGCAGGCCCCCAGCCUCCUCUUCCUCCCCAUUGUGUCGGGAACAAUGGCCCCGCUCCCUCCGUCCUUGACCCCGCUCCCCGCCGCGUCCCCGUGGCCCGUGGGGACACCGGGGGUGGCACCGGGGGCACCCAGCCCUCGCACCGGGGAGGGGGGGGACAAAAUCACCCCAAGGCCAAACCGGGGCGCCUGUCCCCAAAUCCGUCGGUGCUGCAGUGUCCCCAAAGUAGCACUUAGCCCCCCCCCCUGCCCCGCCGGCCAGCCGGACAGACGGCUGCCUCCACGCUGAUUUUGCACAGGGGUCUGGCAGCAGCAGGUGCCUUUUUUUGUGUUUUUUUUUGUUUUUUUUUGGGGGGGGGUGGGGGGACGACAAGGACAUUUUGGGGACCCGAGCGCGGGGCCACCGCUAGGACCAAAGAGUGGGUGCCCUCCAGGGAAGGGGGUGGCACCGGGGGGGACACACACGGUGACCUCGUGCCUUUCACACACUAAAGGAGCAGCAGCAGCUGCACAACUGGC